CCGCAGCGGCCGCCCGCGUCCCGGGCCCGAGUGCGCCCACGCCGCGAGGCCGGUGUGCCGGGGAGCCGACGCGUGGCCAUGGAGUGGGAGCCCCGCGCCAAGGUUGCACUGGUGCCGGGGCGGAGCGGCCGCGGGCCUUCCUCCCGCCACCGCCGCCCGGGGCUGCUGCUCCCCGGCCUCUGGCUGCUGCUGCUCGCCCGGCCGGCCUCGUGCGCCCCAGAUGAGCUCUCCCUGGAACAGCACAACCCUUCUUUACGUCCCGAGGAGUUCCUGCCGGAGAUGAGCAUCAUGCCCAGCGCUCAUGUGGCCUUAUCAGAGACUGCCCCAGGGUCCCAGCCAGGCUUCUCUGUCCUGGUCCUCUCCUCUCCAUCUGCCACUACUUUUGAUACAGCCUUUUUAAACCACAGACAACAGACUCAAAGUACAGCAGAGCACAGCAUCUUUGCGGCACAGUAUGGAUCCGUGACGAGUAACGAGGUGGCCAUUGAUGAUGAUGAGAUGGAUAACUUUUUGCCAGAUGCUCACUGGACCUCUUCAGGGGUGGCUUCCCCAAUGCAGUCUGUCUCACCGAGCCCACUAGAGCCACCCCAGGAAAUGCCGGAGCCUGGGAUGACUCCAUUGCUACCCACGAUUUCUCUGCAGGAUGAAGUGCUGUCUGGAUGUCAGAGCACAGCGCAACAGGCAGCCGUCCACGUGGAGUCCUCCGGUGAUUUCAGCACUUCUUGGUCAGCUUUUCUCACAUCCGAGGGCAUCAUUCCAACUCCUAGUAGGAGUUUGGUGCUUCAUCCUACGGAAAUUCACAGCCAGUUAUCAAGCAAGGCUUUGCCAGAGAUGGUAGCUUCCAUAACAGAGGGCGCAGAAAACCUCCUUUUCAGCUCCUGGAUCUCUGUGCCUCAGCCGGUAGGCGAUGGCAUGACUCAGCAGCCAUCUGUUCCCCUGUGGGAGGUCUCACAGCCUCUAAUGGGUGUCCUGGCCACAAGCACAGACAGAAAUCCUAAUGGGACCACUGCUUGGAGUGAACGCCGGGAAGAAGCCAUCUCUCUCAGAGCACUCCCCACUGUGACCACGUCCCCUACAGAUCCCGUUUUUACCAGCCCGCUUUCAUCUGUGUCUUUUGCUACCCAACCAGCUGGCAUUUCAGACAACCCCUUCCUCUCUAGCGAGGCCAGCGAAACGUUAGCAUCACCGCACAGCUCCACAGCCCCCAGUUUUGCUGACCAUCCUCAUGCCCUGAACCCUGAGGCUUCCCUGAGACCACACACAUGGUGUGUGUCCUGUGUUUUCUCAUCACCUCAGCAAGUUUUGUCCAGGAGCCUCACAGAGAAGGAGGUGGGAUCAGGGGACGGGCGUGAAGCUCUGUCUACCGCCUCAGUAGAAGCAGGCCAUCUCUUGCCAUCAAGCAGCGUGGGCACAGACCUCUCUGAACUUGAAGAUCUUCAAGAAUUUAACACCCUUUUCCCUUCCAGACCUGUCGUCUCCCUUUCUUCCAGAUCUGUGGGGUUGUGGGAGGUCGGCCUGGACAUGUCACCUGAGGUGGAUAUGAGCGGCAUUACCACCACGCAGGUGUACCCUUCCCAUGGCCACCUCUCCACACCAAGUUCACUUGAUUCCACCUCUGGCUUCUCCGUCACCAGAGAUCUAGUGAUGCCAUCCAGUGUGACCUAUUUGUUGUCCUCAGUCAUCCCUAGCGUCCAUUUUGAGUCAUCUCUCUCUUUGACAGCAAAUCAAACCACGCCAUCCCUUCCGGGUGGAAACCCAAGCCUUCUCACCUCUCACCGUCUGGCCUCCUCGGUAGAGUCUACAGUUUUUGCGGACCUAGAACCUUCCAGCGUUUUGCAACUGGAGUCUGGGAGUCUUUUGGAUUCCACAUCCAGCUCUUACUCCACUCCGCUCCUGGACUUCAGCACUCCGGCCCCUUCACGGUCAGAUCUUCUUGCUUACCCCUCUUUGACGUCAACCGACCCAUCAUCAGCUUUCCUGUCUCAGCCUCCUCUCACCGUGGCUGAGACAUUCUCAUUGUCCGGCUCUAUCAAUUUGCAAUCACCUCAGCUUUUUGUUCUUAAGCCCACAAGUCUAGAGCCAUCUCAGCCUUGGUCAAGCUCAGACCUUCUUAUGAAGACAGUCACUCUUCUUCCCAGUCACUCCGAAAUGCCCCCACUUUCAAGCUCCCCCUCUGAUUCUCUCAAGUUCGCCGAAGCGUGGAGAGUUUCACUGAUAGAGUCUGGUGUUCAUCUUACCUCAGUUUUCUCGGAAGCUACCUCUGUCUUUGAAUUGUCACUCAUUCCCCAUGGGUCCUCAGGCAGCACACUGGUGCCCUCCAGCUCCGAGACCACCCUUGGCAUCUCAACUGCUGGGACUCACUUCUCAUCACUGCCAGCUGUUUUCCAUUUGACACCCAUUUUAACCGGGUCAUCUCCAUUCUUGACUCUGACACCUUCCGAUGGCAGUGUGAGUGUGACAGACCAUUCCACACCUGUCUCACCCAUAUCCUCCAGUGUCAUUCCGACCAGCACAGAGUCGAUCUCUGACUUAUACCUGUCAACCUCCCCAUCACUUGCUUCCGAAGUAAGCCCUUCACCUAUGCCCACAAAGCCAGUCAUGGGCUCAUCAUUGACACCCACAGAUUCACCACCCACUACCUCCCCAGAACCAAGUCCAUUCCCGGAACCAAGCAUGCCCAAUACCAGCACUGCCCCUGGUGAUACUGUGGACUCUGCUCUGAACAGCGAGCCUAUGAGUCAGAACCCUCAGGGGAACAGUGUACCCCCUCCCCAGCCCUCCCUCGGUCCUGUGACCACCUCCACGCUCGAAGCCACAGUUGGUACACCAGCACUGGCCACAGCCAAGCCGCCAUAUGUGUGUGAUAUUACAGUUCCCGAUGCCUAUUUGAUCACAACUGUGCUGGCCAGGCGAGCUGUGCAGGAGUACAUCAUUACGUCAAUCAAAGAAGUGUUGAGGAUUCACUUCAACCGUGCGGUGGAGCUGAAGGUUUAUGAACUGUUCACAGACUUCACUUUUCUGGUAACAUCCGGUCCUUUUAUUUACACGGCAAUAUCCGUCAUCAAUGUCCUCAUCAAUAGUAAACUUGUACGUGACCAGACUCCUUUAAUCUUAUCUGUGAAACCAUCUUUCCUCGUGCCAGAGCCCAGGUUUCAAGUUCAAACAGUACUUCAGUUCGUGCCUCCAAGUGUGGAUACUGGCUUCUGCAACUUCACCCAGAGCGUUGAGAAAGGCCUGAUGACGGCUCUCUUUGAAGUGAGGAAACACCAGGGGCCAUAUAACCUCACAGUGCAGAUUGUGAAUGUCACCGUUGGCUCCUCGCGGGUGGCUCCUCGGAGGGGCCCGGUGAAUAUCAUCUUUGCUGUUAAAGGCAUGCAAGGCUUCCUGAACGGGUCGGAGGUGAGCGAUCUGCUCAGGAACCUGACGGUGGUGGAGUUCAGCUUUUACCUGGGGUACCCGGUGCUGCAGAUCGCAGAACCCUUCCAGUACCCACAGCUCAACCUGUCUCGGUUACUGAAGUCCUCUUGGGUCAGAACAGUCCUCCUGGGAGUUGUGGAGAAGCAGCUCCAUAAUGAAGUGUUUCCGGCGGAGAUGGAGCGCAAACUGGCCCAGCUGCUCAGUGAGGUGCCUACCAGGAGAAGAAUGUGGCGGAGGGCCACUGUGGCCGCUGGGAACAGUGUGGUGCAGGUAGUGAACGUGUCCAGGCUGGAGGGAGACGACAAUCCCGUGCAGCUCAUCUACUUUGUGGAGAAUCAAGAUGGAGAGAGACUCAGUGCAGCUGAGUCUUCAGAUCUGAUCAACAAGGUAGACCUUCAGAGAGCGGCCAUCAUCUUAGGCUACCGGAUUCAAGGCGCCAUUGCCCAGCCUGUGGACAGAAUGAAGAGGCCGUCCCCCGAGUCACAGAGCAGCAACCUGUGGGUCGUGGUUGGCGUGGUCAUCCCGGUGCUGGUGGUCACUGUGAUUGUCGUCAUCCUCUAUUGGAAGCUGUGCCGCACAGACAAGCUGGAUUUUCAGCCUGACACGGUGGCCAACAUACAGCAGCGGCAGAAGCUGCAGAUCCCCAGCGUGAAAGGCUUCGAUUUUGCUAAGCAGCACCUGGGUCAGCACAAUAAAGACGACAUACUGAUUAUCCAUGAGCCCGCACCACUGCCAGGACCUGUGAAGGACCACACCACACCCUCCGAGAAUGGAGAUGUGCCCAGCCCAAAGUCCAAGAUCCCUUCCAAGAACAUCCGCCACAGGGGGAGAGUUUCUCCCUCAGAUGCAGACUCUACUGUCAGCGAGGAGUCCAGCGAGAGGGACGCAGGAGAGAAGACGCCGGCCGCUGCGCAGGAGAGCAAGGCCCACAGAGCUCCGCAGAGUGGUGCCCCCCUGCCCACUUCAGGCAAUGAGCAGCAUUCCUCAGCCUCUAUCUUCGAGCAUGUUGACCGAAUUUCCCGAACCUCAGAGGCCAGCCGGAGGGUCCCCAGUAAGAUCCAGCUCAUCGCCAUGCAGCCCAUCCCAGCACCCCCCGUGCAGCACCCUGUCCUGGCCGACCGAGUAGCAGAAACCAACAAAAUCAACAAGGAGAUCCAGUCCGCACUGCGCCACAAGUCAGAGAUCGAGCACCACCGCAACAAGAUCCGCCUGCGUGCCAAACGCCGAGGCCACUACGAGUUCCCAGUGGUGGAUGACCUGUCUUCCGGGGACACCAAGGAGCGACACCGAGUGUACCGCAGGGCACAGAUGCAGAUCGACAAGAUCCUGGACCCCGCAGCCAGUGUGCCCUCUGUGUUCAUAGAGCCCAGGAAGAGCUCACGGAUAAAACGUUCUCCUAAGCCACGCCGGAAACACCAGGUCAAUGGCUGUCCCGCUGAUGCCGAGAAGGACAGACUCAUCACCACAGACAGUGAUGGCACAUACAAGCGGCCUCCGGGUGUGCACAACUCCGCCUAUAUUGGAUGCCCAUCUGAUCCUGACCUUCCGGCUGAGGUGCAGACGCCAUCCUCUGCAGAGCUGAGCAGGUAUCCGGGCUUGCCCUUCUCGGCCUCUCAGUACAUCCCCCCGCAGCCGUCCAUCGAGGAGGCACGCCAGACCAUGCACUCCCUCCUGGAUGACGCCUUCGCCCUCGUGGCCCCCAGUAGCCAGCCUCCCAGUGCCCCGGGAGCAGGUCCUGGGGUGCCGGCCAGCCUGCCUGUGAAUAGUACCCCUUCCAGGGAAGAAAGGCGAGCCACGCAGUGGGGGUCUUUCUACAGUCCAGCCCAGACGGCCAACAACCCCUGCAGCAGAUUCGAAGACUAUGGGAUGACGCCCCCAUCAGGCCCGUUACCAAGACCUAGCUUCGGCCCAGGGUUGCUGCCAUCUUCAGAGUUGGUCCCCCCUGAACCCCCACAGCCCCAGUCAUCAGCUGAAGCUCCAUUUGCUGCCCGAGGGCUCUACCCUGAGGAGAUGCCGUCGGUCGCCCGUCCUCGGCCUGUUGGGGGCACCACAGGCUCCCAGAUCCAGCACCUGACACAGGUGGGAAUCGCAAGCCGAAUUGGGGCCCAGCCGGUGGAAAUUCCUCCCAGCAGAGGCGGCCAGUACGGGGGACCAGGCUGGCCUGUGUACGGGGAGGAGGAGGCAGGGCGAAGAGAAGCCGUGCCAAGGACUUCGGGCAGGGAGCCCUCAGCUCCUCCCGGGAACCUCACCCACCGAGGGCUGCAGGGCCCUGGGCUGGGUUACCCCACCAGCUCCACAGAGGACCUCCAACCCGGCCACUCCUCCGCCUCCCUCAUCAAGGCGAUCCGAGAGGAGCUCCUGCGGCUCUCCCAGAAACAGGGCUCAGUACAGAACUUCCACAGCUGAUCAGCCCCCCCACCUUGCAGGUUUGCCAAGUAUCUGCUUCCUGUGGAAGCAAGACCAAAAGGAAAUCAACUGAGUGGGUGUUUGUAAGAGUCGGAAGCAGCAUCUCCGGGCAAGCUGCCCGAGGAAGGGAACAAGUUGCAAUUUUAGAAGAUGCCAUAAAGUCGCACGGACAACUCAUGGUUCAUCCGCUAGGUUGGCAAUUUGGUGGCCACUUGGGUUCAGUCAAAAUGUGUGUACUUUGGGCCAAAAGCCAGCACUUCACACACACACACACACACACACACACACACACACACACACACACACACACGAGAAAAACCAAAACACAGACCUAAGCUAACAAAAAUGCUAAGUUAGUCUCCUCUUUCAGAGGCAAAAGAUUAAAACCUACAGGUGGUUAGGGAUGGAGGAGGCAGCGUUUCCAUGGGAGUCUGACCGGCGCGUACAACACACCCGCUGCUCUGUUUCCUAAGAAGAGAGAUUUCAAGACAUUUUAGAACCAGCUUGGUCCCUCUUUUCCUCCAUAGGAACUUAUUUUAAUAGUAAUAUUAACAACAAGACAUGCUGAGACUGUUUGGUAAUCUAAAAAAAGCUCCCCGUGAGAAACGUAAUGGUAGGUUGUGGAGCCUGGUGAUUCCAAACAAAGCCAUUGCCUGCGUUCCUUCUCCUUCUUCUGGUGCUAAGCUCCGAGGGCCCUUCACCUUUCUGUCUGUCAAACACAACUGUGGCUUUUGCAGGAGAAGAGUAUGUUGGCGGUUUCAUUAUGUUCUGGGGGUGGGGGAAGAAAAGGAAAAAAGAACUCCUGCAUUGGGGAGGGGGAAGCUUAAUAUUUAUUUGGUUAUUCAAAAUACAUACCAGAGUUUAGAUUUCCAGUCUUAGUUGUAUUUGCUGUUUGCUCAUUGGGCACACCCAGCUCUUGGUGACAUGAGGCAGCGCAUCUCAAUGAGGUCCAGCCUGCAGAACGAGGCUGUUGGGGUGUCCUAACUGCCAGGUCCUUGUACUUGGCUCACAAUUUGCUCAGAUUAUGUUUGAAUGAGAAGUCUUACAGAAGCAGACAUUAUUUUCAAUGAUUCUUAGGACCACCCGGUUGCCAUGAGUCUGCCCAUAGUAGUCAAGUUCCCUGAGCUCCAGCCUGGAAGUGGAACUGUGUUCCUGUCAGCCUCUGUAAUGACUGAAGAAAUACAGGGUUUUGAGACCAUGAAGGAAAUGAAGUUUCCCCCAUUUCUGAUUUUGCUAUUAUUGCCUUGUCUGAAAACUCUUACUCACUUUGGGCCAGAGAGAGGUCAUCUCACAGUAUAAUUCUGAAGUCACAUUUCUCAGCUUCUGACAUUAUAGUCAAUGACAUUCUGUAUUCUGGUGCCUGAAUGAGACUGUGGGACAUUGCAGACUAACAGGGGAGUCCCACCAGGAGCCUCUUCAUCAGAUGAAUGAGUACUUUUUAUUGAACAACAGAUAAUGGGGUAGAGUUUGGGGAGCUCAGCCUAAUCAAAACCUGUGUGUCUAGGCAAGUUUUAAGAACAUGGUAACACCCGGGCAGUGGUGGCACACGCCUUUAAUCCCAGCACUCAGUAGGCAGAGGCAGGCGGAUCUCUGUGAGUUCGAGGCCAGCCUGGUCUACAGAGUGAGUUCCAGGACAGGCUCCAAAGCUACACAGAGAAACCCUGUCUCGAAAAACAAAAAAACAAAAAAAAGGAAGUAUGAUAAAGGGAUUCUACCUGUAUUUUUAUUCCUAGAACAGAUACACCUUUAAACAGGUGUUACAGCCAAAGGUGGGGUGUAGUUUGGCACGCAGACCCUUUGGGAGCUCCAGCGCGCUUGGUUGUUGGUUAUUUAAAGCACACUCAGUUUGCACUCCUUUUCCCUAAACACAGCAGCUUUAUCCCACUUAAACUGCUGUGGGAUAUGCCACGCCCAGCAGGCGUCCAGCCAAUCAGCCAGUGUGCUCCCCCGAAAAAGGCUGUCCUGUUCAACGUGUGUAACUUUGGUGUCCCACAUAUUAAAGCACCCCAAAAUAAAAGUUAAGUUUUUAAUGUCUGUCCUUUUCUCCUAAUUAUACAAGUUCUGUUGAGAAACACAAACUGCAAGUUCGAGUCUGCGUUUUAGGACAGCGUGCUUGGAGAAGUGCUUUUUUUGUUGUCUCCUUUGUUGCUCAUUCCUUGUGUCUGGUUCCUUUGGAAUGUCAUUCUUGUUAUCAGCAAGACCAUGUCCCCCUCCCCAUACACACACGCACACGCACACACGCACACACCCAUGCACACACCCACACACCUCAUAGGCUCUCUGCUUCUAAGGAUCAGGUGAUCUUGCUUGCAGACAUCCCUUGAGGAUGGAGCCUCAGUCACUGUGAAUGUGUAAGAUGUUGUCUGUGUCAAUGUUCUGGCACAGAUGAUGUGAUAUGCUGUGAUCUGCCAGCGUCUGGGUACACAUCAUGUAGGCAGUCAGACCAAAGCUGAAAGCCCAGUGUGACCCCUCUUCCUGCUGGUCUGCUUCGAACGUAACACUUCGUUAGCUUCAAAGGUCUCCUUUUUUUUUUUUUUUUUGCUCCUAACUUUCUGCAGUUUCUGACACUAGAUAGGUCAGCAGACAUGAGCCCUGUCUUCCAAGAGAUCUUAGAAUCUCAGCUGGAUAGUACAGACAGGUAUAAAAGAUGGACACUAGAUAAGCAGCAUGGCUUAGAUAUCCAUAAGAUGCAAAGGGCACAGUUGUGCUGGAUAUUCGGAAGUCAUAGAAGUUGCAUGUUUGGCAUUGAUGAGAUCUUAGUGGAGAAGCCAGCUGCAGAACCACUUUGAUGUGACUCCGGCCGGUGAUGGUACGGCAGGGGAUCAGGGUUUAGGAGUGGGGUACUCUGUCACUGAAAGUGAACUUGAUCUGGAGCUGUGGUAGUGUGAGCACUCAAUCCUUAACUGCACUGUUCAGGAAGUUUCCGAAGAGGAGGAAAUAGUGUUGGGGGGAAACCUGUCCAGAAACACAGCAAGCAAGCGAGCAGGCUAGUGAGGACCUGCCUAGGAAGAGCCCCAGUGUCGCAGAAGGGAGGCCAGAGUACCACGAACUGCUGAUGUCUGGUCUCAACUAAGUCAGUGGCGAGAGACUGGCCCCGCAGGCCUUAGCUUCUAGCAGAUCUUGAUGGUCCUCUGUGGUCUUUAGCAGGUUGUGGAGAAGUACAUCCAGCUUCUUUCACCUCCAUGUUUUCCUCCCAUUUUUGUUUCCUUUCAGAGUGUGUGCUGAUUUGAUGGCAUAGAUGACUUUUAAGCAGUAGGACUUUUGCCAAGCAGAAUUUUUGAAGGCAUGAGGCCUGUGACCCAAAGCACAGGUGCUGGUAAGCCUGGAAGGCCUCAGGCUGAAACCAGUAAUUCCUGCCUUCUUGUGUACAGUGUCCCCUGCAGUUCCAGGUCUCUGUGAGUGCGCCAGGAACCCAGCCAGUCCCCAGACACUAGUCUGUUUAGGCAGAAUUUCACGAGUUAAUCAUUCCUUAGGCCUCCCUUGGCCCCUCCAUCCUGGAUCCUUAGGAAUUAGACACUUGGAAGGGUGUCAGUCAAGGUUCUGGGCACAGGGCAGGGUGCUCCUCUAUUUAUCAAGCUCACUGCUAGUGGAGUUUUCGCCAUGUCAUUUCUACCUCCAAAGUGAAGGCUCCAGAGCUCACCAUCAGAGCCUGCUUGUCCACGUCUGGUCCAAGCAGGAGUACGAGGAAGUCCGCUUCUACGCCCGUGAGCACAAACACGUCUGUAUGGGACAGUCCAUUGAGCUCCACCAUUUAGACCAGCCCAUUACAGACAUUCCUGGAACAGGUGAGAGGGUUUCUAUGGGCCUCUGUUGUAACAUUCUCAUGAGAUAUAUAGGCUUACACUCGUCACCUAGUAAACAAGAGUGCACAUUUCAGGUGGUUUAUUUUGAGGGGGAGGGGUCUGGAGGGGGGUGGUGAUUGUGGGGAUUAAACUAGAAUUCUUUUGUCCAUGCUAAAAAAGACUUGAAAACUGAACCGUCGUGGUACAGUGUUAAUUCAUGCCUGUGUGUGUAACAGGACACCCGACAAUUAUCUUAAGAACACACAGCAGCAUUGAAGUGUAGAAAAGGAAUAGUAAAUGCCUUUGGGAACACGAAUCAGUUAGGAACCAGCCAGGACGCAAGAGGAACAGUGAAUGUCUACAUCCGAGAUGCUCCUCCCCGGUGUCCUACAGGGCAGGUCAAUCCAGGCUCCCUGCUUUGCCUCCUUCCUACGGGUUUCUCUGUUUCAGGGCCACUUCAGUGAUGUGUUUGGAGCAUUGCUGAUGUCUUUUCUCGUGCCCACCAGAUACCAAGGACUCAUGACUUGACUCCCAAAGACACAGUUUGGGAGACAUAUAGUGCUAAGUUAAAGCCAGACACCCUGCUCUGCCGCUGCAGUAGAGAAAGAAGCAGGAGGUGCCAGAGCAACCAAGGUGUCUGGUCCUUAAUUUAGUUGUUCUGAGCAUCAGGGAGUUGGUUCAGAAACGGUUAUAGAAAGGCUCCGGGUUUUGCUCUUCUCCGCAGAACUAGCAUCAGCAGGGAAUCUUGCUCUGCCCGGCCGCUGCGGGACCGACUUGUCUCCAGCUUGGUUGAGGUCCGUGUUCUGACUUUGCACCCUCAUGCUAGAUGAUGCGUGUUAAUAUACAAAACUGCAGAGCGGAUUGGGCCACCUGUGGCAUCAAGACUGCAACUUGACAAUCAUGGUGUGCUGAUCUCAAACGGGCACUUAAAUCUCAGUGUGGGUGUGUGAUUUAGCGAUUGAGCCCGCCCUUCUAUUUGUCAGUUACGUUUCUACCCUUCAAUUAGCUGCACUGUUUUCUAAUGUGCUGUAGAGUUUGGAGAUAAUUUAUGCAGUGUUUGGUUCCCAUGUUUACAAUUUUUACAGCUUUCCUAGCAUUUUAAAUGGAAAUGUCAAUAAAUGCUACGAAUUGGUGUCGAAGUGA